AUGACGCGACGAAUUCCCACCCGUGCAGCGCCUCCUGUUCAGCACCUCUCGCAGCCGGCGCUGCAACCGCCCUCUGCUCCGACGUCGCCGCCCAUCCGUCCACACGGCGGCAUCCCGGCUCACCUCGUUAAGCCCUGGGCUCUGCCCCCGCAAAAGACGUACAUCCUCCACAACGCCAACGUCGUCGACACGGCUCACGCCCGCAUCAUCCCGCGGCAGACCGUCACCCUGCGCUCCGGCCUCAUCGACUCAGUCCAACCCACGCACAGCGUCUCUCACCCCGUCCUCCCGGCCUCGGCUUCCGUUGUCGAGGUCGACCUCGACGGACGCUACCUCUGCCCGGGUCUCAUCGACUGCCAUGUGCACCUCACGGCCGUAGCUGGCUCCGCGUCGCUCGGCUUCGACGAGGCCGACCUGGCCGUGUCGUACUUUCGACAGCCAUUUCUCUGCCAGCAGAUGCUGAGCCGCGGCUUCACCUCGGUGCGCGACACGGGCGGCGCCACGCUCGCACUCAAAGAAGCCAUCGCCGACGACGUGUUUCCCGGCCCGCGCGUGUUUCUCGCCAACAAGGCCAUUUCGCAGACGGGCGGCCACGGCGACGUCCGCACGGCCCAUGACAAAGCCGACGGUGACUGCUGCCAGUGCGGCACGCAGUCGUCAAUCUCCGUUGUCGCCGAUGGUGUAUCGGCGUGUCUUGCCGUGGCGCGGGAGCAGCUCCGCCAGGGCGCGGAUUUCAUCAAAAUCAUGGUGGGCGGGGGCGUGGCCAGCCCGACGGACCGCAUCGAGAACACACAGUUUACCGCCGCCGAGAUCCGCGCCAUUGCCGACGUCGCCGACAGCUACGGCACCUACGUCACGGCGCACGCGUACACGGCAAAAGCGAUCCGCCACGCGGUGGACAAUGGCGUGCGCGGCAUCGAGCAUGGCAACAUGCUCGACGCAGACACGGCGCGGUACAUGGCAGCGCGGGGCGUCUGGCUGACGCCGACGCUCAUCACGUACAAGGCCAUGGGCGAGGAUCAAUACAGCGCGUUCCUGCCGCCGGAGAAUCAGGCCAAGAACCAGCAGGUGCUCGCGCGUGGCGUGGCGUCGCUGCGGCUCGCGCACGACGCGGGAGUGACCAUCUGCCACGGCUCAGACCUGCUCGGGCCGCUGCAGGCGGAGCAGUCGCGCGAGUUUGGCCUCCGCGCGCAGGGCCUGCCGAGCCCGGUGGUGCUGCAGGGCGCGACGGUGCACGCGGCGCGCAUGCUGCGCCAGGAGCAGCGGCUGGGCCAGACCAAAAAGGGCUUUGCGGCAGAUCUACUGGUGCUGACGGCGAACCCCCUGGAUGACGUGAGCGUGUUGGACGAGCCGGAGAAGAGCGUGCUGGUGGUGGUGAAGAAUGGGCGGGUAUAUACGAGCCGCUGGAGCGCCAUGGAGGAGGACACGAAGCCUCGCGGCUCAAUGAUUGAGUAG